CCCCGCGAUGACCGCGCUUGUUUUUGAUGGCAAGCGGACGACGCGGACAUGAUCGCGGUCUCGUCGACGUGAGGAUCGGCGCCACUGUCGUGUUUUACCUCGGCGGGUGUGAUGAGACAAAGGAACAAAGGAUGCCUUAGACGACGAGAGCUCGCCAACACGCCCGGAAACCUCCUCAGAGCGCAUCGCCGCCAAAUGGAUCUAACGCCUCCCUCCGCCGCCACAGCCGCCGCCGCCACCUCCAGAUCAUGAUACUAGGCUGAAGGAACCCACCCCCCCUCCCCACUACCCCCCCUCCCCCAUCCCCCCACCCCCCCUCCCCCCUGCUUAUCUUUAUGAUCCCUCCUCCAUCUAUGGCGAACUAUAGCCAUGCAGGGGACCACACCAUCUUGCAGAAUGUCUCUCCUCUCGCCACCUUCCUCAAACUGACCUCGCUGGGCUUCAUCAUCGGCGUCGGCGUGGUCGGGAACCUCCUGAUCUCCAUCCUGCUGGUCAAAGACAAGAGCCUGCACCGGGCGCCCUACUACUUCCUGCUGGACCUGUGCGCCUCCGACAUCCUGCGCUCGGCCAUCUGCUUCCCCUUCGUCUUCACCUCGGUGAAGAAUGGCUCGGCGUGGAGUUACGGCACGCUGACCUGCAAGGUGAUCGCCUUCCUGGGCGUGCUCUCCUGUUUCCACACGGCGUUCAUGCUCUUCUGCGUCAGCGUCACCCGCUACCUGGCCAUCGCCCACCACCGCUUCUACACCAAGAGGCUGACCUUCUGGACCUGCCUGGCCGUCAUCUGCAUGGUUUGGACGCUGUCGGUGGCCAUGGCCUUCCCGCCGGUGCUGGACGUGGGCACCUACUCCUUCAUCCAGGAGGAGGACCAGUGCACCUUCCAGCACCGCUCCUUCCGCGCCAACGACUCGCUGGGCUUCAUGCUGCUGCUGGCGCUCAUCCUGCUGGCCACGCAGCUGGUUUACCUCAAGCUCAUCUUCUUUGUGCACGAUCGCCGAAAAAUGAAGCCCGUCCAGUUCGUGCCCGCCGUCAGCCAGAACUGGACCUUCCACGGGCCGGGGGCCAGCGGGCAGGCGGCCGCCAACUGGCUGGCCGGAUUCGGACGAGGCCCCACCCCGCCUACUUUGCUGGGCAUCCGGCAGAACAGCAACGCGGCGGGCCGCCGGCGUCUCCUGGUGUUGGACGAGUUCAAAACGGAGAAGAGGAUUAGUAGGAUGUUCUACAUCAUGACUUUUUUCUUCCUGGCGCUCUGGGGGCCGUAUCUGGUGGCCUGCUACUGGCGGGUGUUCGCCAGGGGCCCCGUGGUGCCGGCGGGCUACCUGACGGCCGCCGUGUGGAUGAGCUUUGCCCAGGCCGGGGUCAACCCCUUCAUCUGCAUCUUCUCCAACCGGGAGCUGCGGCGCUGCUUCAGCACCACACUCCUCUACUGCCGGAAAUCCAGGUUACCGCGGGAACCCUACUGCGUUAUAUGAAGGUUUUUACCCCGACGCCCCCACAAACCCCUCAAUCGGGGCUCUUGUACAGCCCCCUCUCUCUCUUUCUCUGCUAGCUUCCCCAACCCUCCUUUUCCAGCGCCAAUCAUUGGCCCAUCCCAAAUAGUGGAGGUGUGCAACAGGGCUCAAUGCAUCGCCCACUGUCGUUUGCCCGUGCAGAGAAGCAAAAAGUCCCAAAAAAUAGGACAAAAAAAAACAUUGACAAAAGGAUUUUUUCCCAGAUUACUCUGUGAGAUGCGAAACACUAAAAAAACACAAAAAAAAGAAGAAGAAGAAGAAGAAGAAGAAAGAAACGACGCCUCUCGAGGAAUCGCCGGUUUUACAUUUUUAAGAGUUGCACUACAAAAAAAGAGAAG